GUGGUGGUGGAUCACUUGAUUGUUGUUUAAUAUUACUAAAAAACAAAACUAGAGCAAAAAAGAUAUUUUAAGUGGUCAUUCACUUCAUACAUGGCCCCAAAUCCCACGUCAUCACAAAACUAGACCCCGCAAUUCUUUAUAUAUAAAUUAAAAUUAUCCGGCAAGAGCAAAACUCCCCCUCUCUAAAAAUAAAAUAAAAUAAAUAUUUUCCGUUUUUUAUUUAUCAGCCCCCCAAAACACCAACCCAAAAUUUUAAAAUUCCCACCAGAACCAGGAAAAUCUCACCCUCCCCAAGUAUCAGCGGGUGAAAACUCGCCACGUGUACAAACUGAAGGAUCUAAACCGUAGGUGACAGAUGGCACGGGCAAAAGAACGGGUAGCAAGGACAAGCACGUGCACCGUCUGAUGUUGCAUCAACGGUGGAUAAUCUGCCCGAUUCGUGGACGGGCAGAUCUGAAUGCCUUUAAGAAGAGGUGGUGACCAUCUCAUUUGUAAUUCGUUCUCAAGAGGGUAUCUGAAACCCUCGUUUCUUCUCUCUUUCUCUCUCUAUAAAUCUGUCUUCUGUACUCUCUCACUAGUCUCGCGAUUUAUAAAUACACACACCUAAACCCUCGCCGGCGGCCACCGUUGAAUUUUUUCUCCGACCGAUUAUGAGUAGCCGACGUUUCGGGUUUGGAUCUCUGAUCGGCGGUUAGCCGUUGGUCCGGAGGAUUCGUCCCGGACCGAAAUGGCAUCAGCCUUAUCGGCGAGUCGAAGCGAACCUUCCUGGGGUGAGAACAAGGUUUAUAUGAGGAAAUAUACAACCGCUACUGCUGCUGCUGCUACUGGCUCUAAAAAAAACCCUCUUCUCAAGUUCAAUCCUAACCCUAAUCUGAGUGCCGUACGUCAGUCGUAUGAUACGCCUCCGGCGCAGGCGUCGGGAGAUUUGCCCCCGUCUAAUCGGAAAUUGAUGAGCUUAAAUGAGAAGAGGUCGUCGCCUUCGUCUUCACGUAGCUAUGUCACUUUUAAUCUCGCUUCGUGUUCGAGAAGAGAUCUUAAGGAGCUUGGGAAGCGGCUGAGUUUAGAACUUGAACAGGUCAGAGCCCUUAUGUCCCGGAUCGAAUCAGGAGAUUUGAAAUCGGGACCUGGACAUCAUCAUUUGUCGUUUUCAGCGAAGACGACUCGGCCUUCUCCUCUUCAGCAGACGCAUUUGGCGGAGUCGCCGAGAGCCGCUGGGGUAGAGAAGAGAAUCCCUAAUGCUAAUCAAACCCACCCGGACUCUAACUUUCUCACAGGAAAGAAGAAGAAAAAGAAAGAUAUGAGUACGGGUUUGAUGACAACACCUGUGGAGAAGAUGGGUUCUAGUAUGAAAAGGAGUAACCCCUACGGAUCGGUUAUGGAAGCGAAACGGCCGGCAUUGGACCCAAUUGAUGAGAAACUUGCUUCGAGUAUGUUGAAGAGGUGUGGUCAGAUCUUGACGAAGCUGAUGAAGCAUAAGUUUGGGUGGGUUUUCAAUGCCCCGGUAGAUGUGGUUGGGUUGAAUCUCCACGAUUACCACCAAAUCGUCAAAAAUCCAAUGGAUCUCGGAACUGUCAAGUCCAAGCUUGAGAAAAAUAGGUAUCGUUCACCCAUCGAUUUGGCUUCAGAUGUGAGACUUACAUUUAACAAUGCAAUGCUUUAUAACCCUAAAGGUUCAGACGUUCAUGUAAUGGCAGAGCAGCUUCUGCUGCGCUUUGAUGAAAUGUAUAAUCCCGCUUUCAAGAAGUAUGAAAAUGAGCGGCGCCGUGCGCUUGGAGCUGGUGCUCAAAGCAUUGCUCCUGAGAGUACCAACAUAGAUUUAGAGACUAGGGUAGUAGGGAAAAAGCCUGAACCGGUGCGACCACAACCCACAUUUUCGAACUCACCACCACCAGUUCAAACUCAGUCAUUGACGAAGCCUUCAGUACCUGCUAUGCCCCCAAUGCCAACAAUGUCAGCCCCCUUAACAAACCCCUCAGGGAACACAAGACCCAUGAAGCUUCCUAAACCAAAAGCAAAGGAUCCCAACAAAAGGCAAAUGAGUGACGAGGAGAAGGCUAAGUUGGGAGCCAAUUUACAAAAUCUUCCGCAAGAGAAGAUGGGUCAACUAGUUCAGAUAUUGAAGAAAAGGAGCGAUCAUUUGUCUCAAGAUGGGGAUGAAAUUGAGCUUGAUAUCGAGGCUGUUGAUACAGAGACGCUAUGGGAGCUUGAUAGAUUUGUCAGCAAUUACAAAAAGUUUGCUAGCAAAAUUAAGCGGCAGUCACUCAUACAGCCUCCUGCUCCAGCUCCCCAGAACAGCAAUCAGCAGUCUUUGGUGAUGGAGACUCCAGAGGUUGCUACUGCAGUUAAAAGCAAGAAAAUUGAUACUGCUGAGGAGGAUAUUGACAUUGGAGAGGAUAUUCCAAUGGGAAAUUUCCCACCUGUGGUGAUUGAGAAGGACACUGCUGGUGGUGCUAGUAGUGGGUCUAGUAGUUCUGGCAGCUCAAGCUCUAGUAGUGAUUCAUCCUCAUCUAGUGAUUCCGACUCAGGGAGUUCCUCUGGUAGUGAUUCAGAAGCUGAUAGUGUUCAAUCACCAUUUGUUGCAUCAAAAGAAGCUCCAGCACCAGCUCCCGACAGCUAACGUGAAAGUCCUGAAAGAAUUUUAGGACAGCUAGUGAAAAGCCAUAGUCUUCAUUUAGCUUAGCAAAAGGAAAUCUAGAGAUUGGUUUAGUCUUUAGACAAGGAUGUGGAUGCUUGAAGAAAGACUUGGGCUUGUGGCUUCUGUUUUUUUUGUGUGUGUGGAUUUGUUUGGCUUCUUUUUUCUUUUUCUGUUUUUUUUUUUAUGGAACAGUGCAAGUGGAUGGGGCAUUGAAAGAUAGUGAGUGUUAGUGGUUGGCUUGGACGGUUCCAUUUGUACCUUGUGUAAAGAAAGAAUGACCGGAACAUAAAUUCAACUGAGUUUUCUAGGGACCAGUAGAUAGAAGAGGAAAGGAGAUAGCUCUGCUAAAGUAGAUAGGAGAGUUAGAAUUAGGGUUUUUUUUUUUUAGUUUAAUGGACGUUUUAACUUCGAGGAGAGAAGGGGGGGAAAGAAGGAAAAACUUGGUUUGGGAAAUUUUUUUUUGUAUCAUACUAAACACCACCACAUGAUUUUCAGAGUGGUCAAGCAGCACAGUAGAAAACAUGUACAGAAUGAUUAUGGGAAAAAAAAACGAAACGAAAGAGGUUUGGCUCUUUUUCUUUUUUAA